AUGAGGGGUGCCAAUGCAGGUGUUCAGAGGAAGAUCAAAGAUGUGUACCCAAAUGCCCAUUAUAUCCACUGCUAUGCACACCAACUCAACCUGAUCAUGCAACAGGCCACCGCUCACAUUUCCAAUGUGAGAAAUUUUUUUUCUGACCUGGGUGGAUUUGCGAGCUUUUUUUCCAGGUCACCCAAGCGUACGGCUGUCCUUGAUAAAACGGUGGCCCGUAGACUGCCAACAUCCAGCAAUGUCCGAUGGAACUUUCACAGCCGAGCCAUCAACACUGUGUUUGAGCAGAGAGAUGAUCUCAUUCAAUGUUUUGAGAACAUACGAGAUUCGGGUGACUUUGACUCCAACACCAUCAGAGAGGCAGGAGCCAUGGCCAUGCUGCUGGAACAUCAGGACUUUAAAUUCUUCCUGGAACUUUUUCACCACAUCAUGCCACUUGUGGACCUCCUCUAUGCCAAGCUCCAGAAGAAGAACAUAGAUGCAGUCCACAUCAAAAGGAGCAUCCAGCCGUUCGAACAGGACAUACAAAACAUCAGAAAUUCUCUCCAUUCCAUGAGUGAGCAAAGCAGUGGCUCUCUGACAGCAAAACGGCGUCGGGUACUCAGUUCCGAGGAUCGUCAGAGUGCCGCAGAAGAGAUCUGCAACACCAUUCUGAGACACACCAGGGAGCGCUUCAACUUCACCGACCAUCUUGUCUGUGCCACCUUGUUGCAGGGGGACAGGUUUGAGGAACAUCACGGGUCAUUUCCCGAAGAGGUGCUGCAAAGCACUUUGAAGGCCUACCCAAUGCUGAAUGGAAGCAAGCUCAAGACAGAGCUCAGUCUCAUCUACAGCAAAGCAGAGUUCAGAGCCUGUUGUGGUGCAGUGGACCUGUUCCAGCUGUUCAUGGAGAACAAUCUUCAAGAUGUUUUUUCAGAAACGGGCGAGAGGAAGGGACUCUGCGGCCUUCUCCUGUCCGGCAGGAUGAAUGAGACGGGAGCAGGAGAUCUCCGUAAGCUGCAAAACUCACCUCCGCGAAACAUUGAGCUGCCGAGUUCCACAUUGUCUGGUCGGUUAAACCCUUGA